UUUAGAGAUGUCAUAUCAGUGUCUUAAACAAUAAAGAAUAUUGACUUGUUUGGUUAUUUUUAUGAUUAAAUGGUAGAGGACACAAUCACAAGAUUGAGAUGCAGUCAUUAUUCCGAAGGCAUGGAGAGUUCUGUGCCUCUCAUCCGCUGGAAGUGGUGGUUGCUACAAUGACAUUGAUUAUCAGCUUAAUGUCCAUGGGUGCAACUGUCCCACUGGACAGGGACCAAGCUUGUGGAUGGAAUUACGAGUGUGCAAAAGCUCAAACACUCAGGAAGUCAGACGUUAUUGUGCUGUCAUUUGCAAGAUGUAUGGCUCUGGUUUACAUCUACAUGCAAUUUAGAAAUCUUCGCCGAGUUGGCUCAAAGCAUCUGCUUGGAAUUUCCGGUAUAUUCACCAUCUUCUCCAGCUUUGUGUUUUGCAUUGCCUUUGUGAAGUUGUUUGGAAACACAAUCACGAGCCUGUAUGAGGUUUUGCCGUUCUUCCUUUUCCUGGUCGACUUGACAAAGGCUAGUGCCCUGGCAGUGUUUGCUCUGAGUGCGUCAAAUAGAGCGGAGAUUAGAACAAACAUUGGGCAGGCCCUUGAGCUGAUUGGGCCUGCACUUACACUGGACGCUGUGGUCGAGACACUCGCCAUCGGACUGGGAACUAUCUCCGGUGCCCAGCAGUUGGUGACCAUGUGUAGUUUUGGAUGCCUAUCCGUAGUGGCAAACUAUGUAGCUUUCAUGACAUUUUAUCCUGCCUGUCUUGCCCUGGUGCUGGAGCUGUCCCUUGAGAUGGGCCCAUCCCGGACGGGAGUGUCCAAAUACAAACAUCUUGUUGUUGAACUGAAACAGGACCAUGAAGCUAAUAAGCCUAACCCAGUCCUCCAGAGGGUCAAAAUCAUCAUGAGUGCAGGCUUGGCAGUGGUCCACCUCCAUAGCAGGUUGGGCACGGGUAGAUUGGUUCCAGGCACCAGUAGCCUCGUGGACCAACACACAGAAACAAGGGAACCAGACCUCUCAGUCGUACAGUACUACCUCUAUAGGUUGUUUGCGGUGCACGUGGACUAUGGGCUCACCUUGCUGCUGGGGAUGGUUCUGCUCAUAAAGUAUGUGCUGGUGGACAGACACACUGACGAAUUUGAGAUGAAACACACCCUCAAACUCCGGGAAAGCCUUAGCAGGACCCAGGUGGCCACACAGACAGACGAAUACACCGAGCUGGAGGAGGAUGUACGCACAUCUUUCUCCCUUGGAGGUGAUGAUAGUGACUAUGAAGAGGUAGGGGUUGAAAGAGAAAGCCGCCCAGUACAGACCUGCGCCAUACCCGGGCUAUCUCCACUUCGUAGGCUCACCAGUAUACAGGGUCCUAGGCCUGUGCAGGAAUGCAGCAAUAUUCUAAAGACAGAGAAUGGCGUGAGUGAGUUGACAGAUGAGGAGAUUAAGCUUCUAGUAUCCACCCGUCACAUCCAACCUUACAUGCUGGAGAAAACCCUGGGGGAUAGUGAACGCGGGGUCUCCAUACGCCGGCAGAUCAUCACAGACAAAAUCAAACAAGAUGAAGCCAUGGAUAAACUGCCAUACUCAAACUAUGAAUAUUCAUAUGUUAAUGGUGCGUGUUGUGAGAAUGUAGUGGGCUACAUGCCGGUUCCUGUGGGCGUGGCCGGUCCCCUCUUGCUGGACGGGCACGAGUACAUGGUCCCUAUGGCAACCACAGAGGGAUGCUUGGUCGCCAGCACAAACAGGGGCUGCAGGGCACUCAGUCAGAGUGGUGGUGUACAAAGUGUGUUGUUAGGGGACGGGAUGUGUCGGGGACCAGUUGUCAGGUUCCCCUCUGCACGCAAGGCCUGUGAACUAAAGCUGUGGUUGGAGAAAACUGACAGUUUUGACAGACUAAGUGAAGUCUUCAGUACCACCAGCAGGUUUGCCCAACUGCAGCAUAUACAGACAGCUCAGGCAGGGAGACUCCUGUAUAUUCGCUUCACGGCUAGCACCGGUGACGCCAUGGGAAUGAACAUGCUGUCAAAGGGUGUUGAGAAAUGUCUCCAAUCCCUCCAGACAGACUUUCCCACAAUGGAGAUUAUAAGCCUCAGUGGAAAUUUUUGUACAGACAAGAAGCCAUCGGCUAUCAACUGGAUUGAGGGUCGGGGUAAGUCUGUAGUGUGCGAUGCAGUGAUCCCAGGCCCGGUGGUCCAGUCCAUGCUGAAGACAACUGUCAAGGACCUAGUGGAGUUAAAUAUCAACAAGAACCUUAUUGGCUCUGCCAUGGCCGGCAGCAUCGGUGGGUUUAAUGCUCACGCUGCCAACAUUGUCACAGCCAUGUUUAUUGCAACUGGACAGGACCCUGCCCAGGUGGUUGCUAGCAGUAACUGUAUCACAUUGAUGGAGGUGACGGGGGAGAAGAGUGAGGACCUGUACAUCUCGUGCUCCAUGCCCUCUCUUGAGGUGGGGACCGUUGGAGGAGGAACCAUCCUGCCACCACAGGCAGCCUGCCUCAAGAUGUUGGGAGUUCAGGGCUCAUGUGACAGUGCCCCAGGUAACAAUGCCCAGCAGCUGGCACGUGUUGUCUGUGCUACGGUGCUGGCCGGAGAGCUCUCCCUAAUGGCUGCCCUUGCAGCAGGACAUCUUGUACGCAGUCACCUAAGACACAACAGAUCCAGUAUUAAUAUGCAAGGUUCAUUCCAAAGUUCCAGCUGUUUGUCCAAGUCAAUUGCUGCAGAUAUGCAAGACUUAAGAUCAACACUAAUACAGAACAGUGCCAACAUUGACUGUAAACAAUCACCAAGAGAACAAAACCAGAAAAUGUCCAAUAACUCUGUCUUGGCUGAUACAUGUAAAAGAGGUGCUGAUAAUAUACGUACUUGUGAAAAUGGCAAAAUAUCAACAAAUGGUGGUAGACAUAGAAUUUCAGUUGAUACAGAUGAGAAUGGGGGAAAGGACUUUGGCGCUUGUAUCAACAAUGUGUCAUGAUAAAGAAGAUUUGUAGGAUUUUCAAAUAAUAGUCUGUGUAAGAGUAUUAAAGAACUUUAGUCUAAUAAACAAUUCCACUUCAGAAGAAUGGGUAUAACAACUUUAUAUAUUGCCGUUGAUAGUCAAUUUUAGUAUUUAUUACCUGGAGUUUAAUUUGUGCAUAAUAAGUGUUUUUGUUGAAGUAGUAAAUAUUUUAACCACCCCUAAUGUGAUAACAUUUCUGUGAGACUUACUGAAAGUGAAUUUAAAUCAAUAUUUGUUCAAAUGCUUAUGGUCUAUCAACAGACCUUAGAGUGUAAAUGUCAAAAAGGUUCUCGAAACUUCUUUUUAUUCUAUUUAAAUGGCAUUCUUGCCAUUUCAAAAAUCAUUUUUGAUUUGAGGUUGUAUUGCAUUUACCUUUAUUGGUGUUGAUGCAAUACAUUCAAAUGAAACUUAAUGCUCUUGUUUUCAGAGACAAUACACUCAUGCAUAACAAGGCCUGAAACUCUUGUGGAAUAAUGUCCCUUGUUUGACUGAAAAACUGAAGAGGUUUGGGUUGAAGAUUGUGCUGUUGAGGUUCAUGUCUCGGUGCUGUUGUUUUUUAUUUUAUCUAACUUAUAAAACAGUAUAUCAGUUGCAAUAGACUGACAGUUGUUGGGUGCCAUGAUGUUAACAUUUCAUAAUUAUAUGUAUGAUUUUAUAAACAUACAGAUUUUUUUAUCAUAAGUAUUUCUUUUCAUUUAUUUAGUUUCUUUUUUUCGGUCUGAAUUUAUUUUGAAAGAAUAAGUUUUUAUUUCAGGUAAAUAUUUUAAGUGCAGAAAUAUCUAUUUGAUUUAAAAUUGCACCCAUUUUAUAUAUAGGGAGCAAAAACAACCUAUUUUUAAGUUUUCCUAGCCUAUCUAUACAAUAUACUCGGUAUAUAUGUAUAUACUUUACACAUAGUGUACUGGUACAUAGUAUAUAUGGGCUAGGAAAACUUAUAAACAGAUUGCUUCUGCCCGCCUGUGAUUUGAUAAUCUAUCUGUUUAAAGCCCUUGAUUCAAGAUACCUUGUGUGACAGUUUCGUAUAUGUUAAGUUGAAUUGAAGCUUUUUAAAUAACGGUUGCAUGUGUCUUUUUCUUUUUGCCCCAAUUUCUGGAGAGUUCUUAAGAGUAACAGGCUUAAGUAGCUUAUUUCAGUUAGCCUCAUUUCCUACUUCACCUUGAUUUUACUAUAUAAAAAAUACAUUUUUAUUAUUAUUAUGAACUAAUUUCCUUCUAAGGUCUUAAGGCUAUUAAGAAUGUAAAUAUUGCACAAAUGAUAACAAAACAAAAAGUGAGCUUAGCUUAAUCCUGUUAUAAAGAGCUCAAGAUGUUUGGAGAAAUUAGUGCCUGAUGUGUUUGCUUUGAUGAUGUACUAGUCAAUAAGAGGUAUAUCCUUCUGCCUUCUAUAACUUGUAGUAAUGAGUGAGCUCAGAUGAUAAGUUUAAUACAUGCGUUUCAGAAAUCUUUGUUAAGCAUUUUUAAAUCUUAGACUUAAAGCCAUCUGUUUGUAAAACGAGGGUUUAGUCUGAGGUCAGUGUUACACUUAAAACCAUGUUGGGCAACUGGUGAACCAUGUUUUCAGGAACCAUGUUUGUGAUAAUAAACACAAAGAAAACCA